AUAUAUAUAUAGUCUGACAUUUAAAGCUGGAGUUUCUUUCUCGGUUUCUCCGUGUUAAUGGGAGUAGAUUGAUGUGCAUGUUUUCCCGAUCCAAAAAACACUGGUUCACGUUAUAACUGUUGAAGCAUGGCUCUUUCCUUCAAUCCCCAAUUCUCAAAGAAUCAAAACCCUUCUGAGAUUGAGUUCCAUAAUGGCAGCUCCAGCACCAUUGUCGGUUUCAGCAGGAGACCCCUUAGCCUCCAAGUCUCUCCCUUUAUCCUCCUCCCGUGGAGAUGAUGCAUUCAGGGCUUCAACGAUCUUUGGUCGAUCCAUCAUAACAGCGAAAAUCCAGCAUACGCAUUUGAAAUUAUUCACGGAUUCAAGGCAAGGGUUCUCUUUGAAGGCUUUUGCGCAGUGUCAAAGAAUUGAGCAACAUCCUAAUAAGAGCAAGCUGCAGAUUCUGCCUGAAGUGGAAAAUAAGUGUGAUAUAUUUAGUGAUCUAAAAGAUAGGUUUUUGGGUUUUAAGAAGAAUAAAUAUUUGAAAAACAUAGAACAUUUCCAAGAACUUGCCCAGGCUCAAGCACCAAAGUUCAUGGUUAUUGCCUGUGCAGAUUCUAGGGUUUGCCCCUCUCAUAUUCUAGGAUUUCAUCCAGGAGAAGCAUUCAUGAUCCGCAAUGUUGGUAAUUUGGUUCCUCCCUUUGAGAGUGGGCCGUCUGAAACAAAUGCUGCACUAGAAUUUGCUGUGAACACCCUUGAAGUUGAGCACAUCUUAGUCAUUGGCCACAGCUGCUGUGGGGGAAUACGUGCCCUUAUGAGUAUGCAAGAUGAUGCCAAUGAAAGUAGUUCCAGUAGCUUUAUAAAUAGCUGGGUGGUAGUUGGAAAGAAUGCCAGAAUCAAAACUGAAGCUGCUGCUUCUCAGCUGAACUUUGAUCAACAGUGCAGCCAUUGUGAGAAGGAGGAAGAAAAUGUAGACUACCAGCGAAAGAAUAUAAUCUUCAAGUUGUUGAAGCAGUUCACAGAUAAAGCUAAGAUAAUGGAGGGAAAGAAAUAGUUGACCAAACUUUUAAAGAGAUUAUUUAAGGUGCAGAAAAUGUUAAGGGCUCCUUGUGAUCGAAACGCAGCAAAUUAAAACGGAGGAGGCAUAGGUGGAUCACGGGUGAUAUUAUCGAAAUCUUUCAAAGAUCAUUGCCAUAAUGAUUUGUUCUGUGGUAGGUAUGAUUAUUUUGGCCAUUUCUUAUGAAUAUGUUAAAUUAUUUAUAUAAUUAAAAUGAUAUAUUGGUAAGAAGUUGAACUAACAAUUCUCAAGGUUGUUCAUGAUACCUAUUCAAGUAACACCAUACUCACCACCCUAUAAUCCUAUCUAUAAAAGCACAUAUAACUCAUGGCAAAUGAUCACAAACCCAACAAAACCAUUUGCAUAGAUUAAUACCACAACAGAUUCAGAAGCCCCUUGCUAUCUUAUACCUACUACUAUGGGUUCUAGCCAUUUCUUGUCAUUCAUUUUAUCACUUGUGCUUCUUAUUUCCUCAUACAAUGAGGUUGCAAAUGCACGUAACCUUCUAGAAUCAACAUUACCAGAGCCAGAAAUACCCAGCCUACCCAUUCCUGAGUUGCCUACACUACCAGAAAUUCCUAAACCAGAAUUGCCUACAAUACCCGAGAUUCCUAAACCGGAGUUGCCUCAACUGCCAGUGCCACCACUGCUUAAGCCUGAGCUGCCUGCUGUCCCGAAGGUAGAACUUCCUAAGGUUCCUGAAAUUCCCAAUCUCCAUCCAGCCACUACUCCUUAGACUGAACUAGUAUUUGUUCCUUUAUUUCUUUGUAUUGUGUGUGUGAUGAGUGAAUUAUUUUUAUAUACCUUCGUCUGAAAGGGUCUCCAUUGGGGUUUCAUUUGUACUAAAGAUAUAAUUAUGUCACAUGGUGUGCUCAGUAGUCAGUAUUCAAGUUCUAUGAGUCCUCUUUUUUUUUGGUAAUUAAGUUCUAUGAGUCCUUUUAUUCCUCCUCUCUCUCUCUCUCUUGGGCCAGGGAGAGAGUGGUUGUAAAAUCAGUACACAGCAUAUGAUGCUGAAUUUGUGAUCAUCAUUUACCUAAUAUAUAUAAUAGUCUUCCAUA